AUGAACGCAAUCACCAUCAUUGCUCUUUACUCGAUAUGUUCGUCGUGUAUGCUUGUGGUCAACAGGAUAUGUCUUUCCUACAUUCCUGCUGCUUCAUACAUUGCAUGCUUUCAGAUGGCAUUUACUGUGUUGGUGAUCCUUAUCGGGGCAUCGAUGGGGCUUUGUGAAGUUCAGGCCCUCAGCUCAGACGGCAGGUCGUACAUGGCAGCGUAUUCAGUGGGUUUCGCACUCAGCAUCUACUUCACUCUGCGCGCUCUGGAGACAACCAACAUGGAGACUCUCAUUGUCUUUAGGAGCUGCAACCCGCUCAUUCUGGUCUUGUGCGAUUACUACUUCUUGAAUCGAGAUUGUCCAUCCGUCCGGGCCAUCUUUGCCUUGAUGAUUAUUGCUGGGAGUGCAAGUAUGUAUAUUGUACAUGACAAGCAGCUGAAAAUGGAUGGAUGGAUAAGCUAUCUUUACGUUGGUUUGAACAGUCUGACCUUGAUAUUUGUCAUGACGAUCGGCAAGACCGUCACAGACAAAUGCACUUUGACCACUACAGGACAAGUGUUCUAUUCGAAUAUGUUCUCAGUCCUUCCGAUGCUGUGCCUGGGCUGGCUGACUGAGGAGCAAGUGGAAUCGAAGAUGAUCCACACCAAGAGCAUGGUGUUCCUUCUGAUCUCCAGCAUCGUUGGUUCCUCCAUCAGCUACUUCGGCUGGAGAUGCAGAGAGUUGGUGUCGGCAACGACCUACACCGUUGUUGGGAUCAUGAACAAAGUUUUCACGGAGGGUCUUAACUGCCUUUUCCUCAACAGCACGGCCUCGCAAGAAGGAAUCUUCUGGCUCUUUGUCUGCAUUCUAGGUGGACUGUUUUACGAGCAGGCUCCCAAGAAAGCCACUGCUGAAGCUGAGGAUCCGAACGGAGAAGCUGGGGAGGUCAAGGAAGCCCUCCUUCAGGAAGAAAAAGAAGUAUCGGUCGAGAUGCAAUCGAUGAAGGAGGAAACAAAGGAAGAAACAAAGCAGGAUUCGAAGGAGAACUCUUGA